UUGGCACAUCAAGGUCGGCUCCACAUGCCGGGACAUCUGUGAUCGGAGCAGUGGGAAGAAAACUACGUCACCGAGGCCAAGAGAUCAGGUGCUUGUUGACGGGAGCUUCAUCCCACUCCUGAUCGUCUCGACUACACGCGUACGCAGGUUUCCCGAAGACUUGUUAAAUCGCGUGCGCUGAAGCGCGAAAUCGAAGUUCCAGUGUUGCAUCUUUUCUAAGUGAAGGUCAAAUCGGUUUUCAAGCUUGUCCCGGCUUCGUCCCGACUGUACCCGAUUGACCCGCGCAGCGCAAAGCCUCUCGUGUGACGGUGACAAGCUCUCGCAAACCCGACACCAAGCAGCUAAUUUACAUUAACUCCCCAACUGCACCAUGUGGUGGCCCUGGAGUGGCGGUUCAGACAAACCGACGGGCCCAGCAGGCCCGGGGAAUGAAUCGGCUAAGCCCCCGCAGAGUACAAGCGCGACAGACGACCUGAAGAAGGCUGCAGCAGGCUUGGACCCUGAGAAGCUUCCCGAGAGGAAGAAGCUGCCAAACAAUCUGCAGAAUAUCAUUGAGAAGUCUGACAAAGAAGAGAGCAUCUAUGACGAGCUCGUUGAGGGAUACGCCCCUCCGUCGACGGAAUCGAACGUCCGCUACGCGGCCUACGCCUCCCGCUUCCGCACCAUCCUGCUCUCCGCGCACCGCUAUGUAGCCUACACAUCCGACAUAGGCGAGUCCUUCCGGCCGGUGGCGCACCCGUGGCUCGUCCGCGGCGCCUACGGCGUUUCAUGGGCGUACAUUCUGGGCGACGUUAGCUACGAGGGCUACAAGGCCUACUGGCACAACCAGCGCAUCCUCAACCCGCAGAUGGAGCUCACCACACGCCAGCAGCAGAUCCUGGGCGUCGACAUGUCCGCUAUCCCAGGCUCGCCCCCCCCGGCUGCGCCCGGCACCAUCCCCCCGCUUGAGGACUACCGGACAGUGAUGUUGCAGCGGGGGAUCUUCCAGAGCAUUGCCAGCAUGGGCCUGCCGGCGUUUACGAUCCACAGCGUGGUGCGGUACAGCGGACGCGCGAUGAAGGAUGUCAAGAAUGCCAGGUUACGGACCUGGGGCCCGAUUGGGUUGGGGUUGUCCGUCGUGCCGUUCCUGCCGGCCAUCUUCGACAAGCCGGUGGAAAAUGCGGUUGAGUGGGUGUUCCAUAAGGGAUUCGAGGCGUUUGGUGGGCACGAGGCGGUUGGGAAUGCGCCGCUUAUUGGGAGGGAGAAACAGUUAUCAGAGAGGCCUAAGCAGAAGAAGGAAUAGCGACAUUCAAUAUGGAGUUUCGGCUGGGACGAAUCGUCGCUCAUUUCAUACAUCCUGAUAAUACGACGGUAGCGUCUUAAAGGUAUUGUUCACACAGAACUGGUACUGGAGCGCAUCAAAAGCACUCAGCAAGUGUGACACAGUUGAAUCAACCCCGCUGUCUAAGCCC